UACUACUACUACUACUACUACUACUACUACAUCGAACAAUACCACAACACCUACGAUGACACCUUCAAGAUCAAGUACUACACAACGAUUUGUCUCUGGAUUAUGGUCACCUUUCAGUAAAGCAACACCAACAAGCAAAAAACCAGUUAUUGCACGUCCAUCUGACAAUUUCACCGAACGACAAAAAAGGCAAUCUCGACCACCUAGUUGUGUCUUACCAGGGUUUCAGGAAUCUCUUUUGGCACAAAUGGAACAAUUGAAUAGCGACAAUGGCAAUGAUCCCAAAGCACAACAAUUAUUGAAUUUGAAACGACAAACUAUUCGACAAAGUUUAGUUUUGGCUUCAUCCAGUAUACCAAAUAAGGAUGAUUAUGAUUGGGAAUUCUGGACAACAGUGAUAUGUGAUUUUGAUCAAAUACAUAAAAGUAAGGAUUUACAAUAUCAAGUCCAAAAAGGGAUUCCACCUUCUCUUCGUGGUAUGGUAUGGCAAUUAGCAUCCAAAAGCAAACAACUGGAAUUGAUGGAAGAACAACACUAUCUUGAUUUACUACGAACAGCUAGUCCUUAUGAUAAGAUGAUUCAACGUGAUUUGGCACGCACAUUCCCUGGUCAUGAUUACUUCAAAGAACAAGAUGGGGUUGGACAAGAAGGUUUAUACAAUGUGGUUCGUGCUUAUAGUGUUUAUGAUACCCAAGUUGGCUAUUGUCAAGGUCUCGCUUUUAUUGUUGGUCCUUUAUUAUUGAAUAUGCCUGAUGAAGAAGCUUUUUGUGUUUUAAUUCGUCUCAUGUCAAGUUAUGGCCUUCGUCAUAUGUUUACCCCAGAUAUGCAAGGUCUUCAUUUACGAUUAUACCAAUUUGAAUCUCUUGUUGCUGAACAUUUACCUCAUAUUUCACGUCACUUACAACGUCGUGGCAUCGAUUCGACCAUGUAUGCCUCCCAAUGGUUUAUGACUUUAUUUGCCUACAAAUUUCCUUUGGAAUUGGUAUUUUGUGUCUACGAUAUGGUAUUUACUGAAGGUCUAGAUGCUAUUUUGAAAUUCGCUCUUGCUUUAUUGAAACGAAAUGAAACUCAUCUUUUGGAAUUGGAUUUUGAACAUUUAUUGGACUUUUUAAAGAAUCGUUUAUUUGAACAAUAUAAGGAUGAUGAACGAAAAUUGGUACAGGAUGCAAAUAGUUGGGACAUACCACGUAAACGUCUGAUUCAGCUUGAGAAGGAGCACAAGGCACAGAUGCUCAAAGAAGAACAAGAUGCGAAAUUACUGGAAUCGUUACAGAAGCAACAAGCCGGCUUACAACAACAAGUGGAACAGUUACAAGAAACCACACGCACCAUUCAACAAGAACACGAUGAUGUACAAGAACAACUGCGGGACAGUCAACAUCAACGACAGCAAAUGACAGAUGAACAACAUUCCUUACGUGCCGUGGUCCAAUCUCUCGUGACCGAAUCCGAAGCCAUUCCUGCCCAAAUCGAAGCCAACUACAGCACUGAAUUCAAUCUUCUUUGCACUGAAAACGCCCAGCUCAAUCAAACCAAUGCUCGUCUCGAGGAUCAACUGGCCGCCAUGGAAUCUCUGUUGAUCGAUAUCAAGAUGCGCUAUGCCCAGAGUGAAAAUGAACGUGAUGAACUCUCUAAACGCUUGUUUGAAUUGAAGAAGAUCAUUGGUCAAUAAAGUUUUUAUUAUUAUUAUU